GAAGGCCCCCCUAAACAACCAUAACCAAACACUCACCUUUCCUUUGCCUUCCCUUUAUCCGUCUCUCUCUCUCUCUCUCUCUCACACACACACACACACAGAGACACACACUCACAAGCCUAAUGGAGAAGAAAGAAGAUCAACAAGAAUUCAUUUUCCGAUCAAAACUUCCAGAUAUCUACAUCCCAAAUCAUCUACCAUUGCACUCCUAUUGCUUUGAAAACAUAUCCCAAUUCAGCUCUCGUCCCUGCGUGAUCAACGGAUCCACCGGCGAAAUAUACAGCUACUCCGAUGUUGAACUCACCGCUCGGAAAGUCGCCGCCGGCCUCAACAAAAUCGGGAUCCAACAAGGUGACGUCAUCAUGCUUUUACUCCAGAACUCGCCGGAAUUCGUAUUCGCCUUCCUCGGCGCCUCCUACCGUGGAGCCAUAUCCACGACGGCGAACCCGUUUUACACUCCGGCGGAGAUUGCAAAACAGGGGAAAGCAUCCAAAACCAAGCUUAUAAUCACACAAGCUUGUUAUUUCGAUAAAGUGAAGGAUUUCGCGCGAGAAAACGGCGUCAAAGUCAUGUGCACGGACUCUCCACCUGAAGGUUGUUGUCUACACUUCUCCGAGUUAACCCAAUCCGACGAGAACGACAUACCGGCGGUGAAGAUCAACCCCCAUGAUGCCGUAGCGUUGCCAUACUCAUCAGGGACGACAGGUCUUCCGAAAGGUGUGAUGUUAACUCACAAGGGUUUGGUGACCAGUGUAGCUCAACAAGUUGACGGAGAAAAUCCUAAUCUGUAUUUUCAUAGUGAAGAUGUGAUCAUGUGUGUUUUGCCAUUGUUUCACAUAUACUCUCUUAACUCGGUGCUUCUCUGUGCCCUCCGAGUCGGUGCAUCGAUUCUGAUCAUGCAGAAAUUCGAGAUCAAUUCGUUAUUGGAACUUGUCCAAAAAUAUAAAGUGACAAUUGCACCGUUCGUCCCUCCGAUCGUCCUGGCCAUCGCAAAAAGUCCUGUCGUCGAUAAAUACGAUCUUUCUUCAAUCCGAACAGUCAUGUCCGGUGCUGCUCCCAUGGGGAAGGAGCUUGAAGAUACAGUUAGGGCUAAGCUUCCUAAUGCCAAACUUGGACAGGGUUAUGGGAUGACAGAGGCAGGACCAGUGCUGUCAAUGUGCUUGGCAUUUGCCAAAGAACCCUUCGAGAUAAAAUCAGGAUCAUGUGGGACUGUCGUUAGAAAUGCUGAGAUGAAGAUUGUCGAUCCCGACACUGGCGCUUCUCUUCCCCGGAAUCAAGCCGGAGAAAUUUGCAUCAGAGGCAACCAGAUCAUGAAAGGUUACCUUAAUGACCCGGAGGCCACGGAAAGAACAAUAGACAAAGAGGGGUGGUUGCACACAGGUGACAUUGGGUACAUUGACGACGAUGAUGAGCUCUUUAUUGUUGAUCGAUUGAAGGAAUUGAUCAAGUACAAAGGCUUCCAAGUUGCCCCAGCUGAGCUAGAAGCCAUGUUAAUUGCUCAUCCCAACAUUUCUGAUGCAGCCGUUGUACCCAUGAAGAAUGAGGCUGCAGGAGAGGUACCAGUCGCUUUCGUGGUGAGGGCAAAUGGCUCCAAAAUCACCGAGGAUGAUAUCAAGCAGUACAUCUCAAAACAGGUGGUUUUCUACAAGAGAAUCAAUCGAGUCUUCUUUACAGACUCAAUUCCUAAAGCUCCAUCAGGUAAAAUCCUCAGAAAAGACCUAAGAGCAAACCUCGCGGCUGGCUUCCCCAAUUAGUCCUCUUGAGACAGGUCCACAUACAAGGCAAGUUUUCACACUAGAGGGCACAAGGUGGUUGGUUAUACCGUAAAGAUGAGGGGGAGAAAAUGUAAUUUGAUUUAUUACUCUUUGGUGAUUCUCCUGUCCUUUGUAUUGCAUUAGCAUUUGUGUUGCUCGUUGGAAAGAAAGAGUGUUGAGGUCUUUAAUGAGAUUUGCUAUUGUUUAUGUAUAUGUUGUUGUAUUAUGGACAAUUCAAUAUGCUGUAAGGCUGUUUGGGGUUUGACCUCUGAGACAACGUUGUUUUCUCUUUUGUGUUUGUAAGUCUAAAGUUGUAAUAUUAUUUAAUUUUAUUUGAUUGGAGCAUGCUCAACCUCAAUAUUAUUUUA